CCGCGCCUCCUCAGUACGGAUCGGAAAAUGCGCGGGAAAGCGCGUCUCGAAAGUUGAAAUUCGAAUUUAGAGGGUGCUCUGAUUGGAUGUUCGCAUUUGUGUAAAGUUUAUUUUAAAUAUGGAUGAGGGUGAAGAAAUGCCGGUGCGCGAGGGUGUGGGGAAGUCGCUGGUGGGAGCCAUUGAUGAUGGGACCAAGACUGUCAGAUUUGUUAUAUACGAAGCAGAACAGUCAGAAGAAUUGGCAGCUCAUCAGCUAGAUAAGACGGAGUUGCAGCCACAGGAAGGCUGGUACGAGCAGGACCCAUUAGAAAUUUUGCAUCACAUCAGGGAGUGUGCUGAGAACGCGAUCGACCAACUCAUUGAAAUAGGUUAUUCCAAAGAAGAUUUAGUUUCAAUUGGUAUUACAAAUCAGAGAGAGACAACGAUUGCUUGGGAUAAAUUCACCGGUGAACCACUCCAUCCUGCCAUAGCAUGGAACGACAUACGCACAGACAGCACAGUCGAUGCAAUACUAGCGAAAGUGCCGGAUAGGAACAAGAAUUAUCUAAAAAACAUAUGCGGUCUACCUAUCAGCCCCUAUUUCAGCGCUCUCAAGAUGCGGUGGUUGAAGGAUAACAUAAAAGCCGUGAGACGAGCCAGUAGGGAUAAGCGGCUUAUGUUCGGUACUGUUGACUCGUGGAUUGUAUGGAACCUCACCGGCGGUCCACGCGGAGGUCUGCAUAUAACCGACGUAACGAACGCGUCUAGGACUUUGCUGAUGAACUUGGAGACUUUGAAUUGGGACCCUAUGUUGUGUAGAUUAUUUGGCAUCCAUAGAGAGUCUCUACCACAAAUUAGAAGCAGCUCGGAAAUAUAUGGAAUAGUUAGGGAUGGAUCAGUUCUAGAUGGCAUUCGGAUAUCCGGGAUACUAGGCAACCAGCAAGCAGCGCUGGUGGGUCAAAACUGCCUUCAAGCCGGUCAAGCGAAGAACACGUAUAGGAGCGGGUGCUUCCUCUUAUACAACACUGGUACACGACGGGUGCAAUCGACACAUGGGUUGCUGACAACUGUUGCUUACAAGUUGGGACCAAAUGCGCCUGCAGUUUACGCCUUGGAAGGCUCGAUAGCAGUAGCUGGUGGUGCGAUGAAGUUCCUUCGGGAUAAUCUUAAAUUGAUUAAGGACGUGGCCCAAGAUACGGAGCAUAUAGCGGGACAAGUUUUCUCGACGGGGGAUGUGUAUUUUGUACCCGCGUUUAGUGGGUUGUAUGCGCCCUAUUGGAGGAAGGAUGCUAGAGGAAUAAUCUGUGGUCUCACUGCAUUCACUACAAAGAAUCACAUCAUUCGCGCUGCCCUGGAAGCCGUCUGUUUUCAGACUAGAGAUAUAUUAGAAGCCAUGAACAAAGAUUGUGGUAUGCCGCUGUCAAAGCUCAAUGUUGACGGGAAAAUGACGUCCAAUGAUUUAUUAAUGCAGUUGCAGACCGAUCUUAUUGGUAUUCCUGUCAUGCGUGCACACACGUGGGACAUGUCGGCGUUGGGCGUGGCUAUAAUGGCUGGAAAUUCGGUUGGAGUUUGGAGUUGCGAGCGAUGGAAGCAACAUGCCACACCCACUGAUACAUUCCUUCCUACCACUACAGAUGAUGAUCGUGACGCGAGAUACACGAAAUGGAAAAUGGCCGUGCAACGCUCACUCGGAUGGGCGACUACAAAGAAAUCCAUCGCAAUGACAGGUCAGAAAAGAAAAAAUAGUACCACACAAAGUUUUGACACAAUUUCCCCGCCUUCCAGCCGAAAAGCGUCCAUAGACAAUCCCGCCACAGAUGAUGGUAUAGACGAAUUAAUUCAAAAUUCGGCUAGGAAAUUCUCUAUUUUUGUACCAUUAAAGUCACCUCAAGAUGAACAUACGAUACUAGAUGACGCUGAGUAUUUUAUGAGCAAAAAGGAAUGCGAUUACGGCUUAUGCCAAUGUUGCCAGAGUAAAAGUAAAUGUGGCGACACGGCGUGUCAGUGUUGCAAGAAUAAAAAAAAGUUGCAAACUGACUGGACAACUAUUGAGGAAAUUAUUGAAAAUGAUCCAGAAAUAAUUUUCGAUUCUGAUGAUAACCCCAUUGUUGUUGAGGCGAAACACGAUAUGCAAAUGGACGCGGGGGUUUUAAUAGCACGUAUGAAAAGCCGAAUGCAUUUUGAGAGGCUUCCCGCCAUUUUUAAAAAUCUUUGUUCCAAACUGUCACAUACGUCAGUGACAUAACUGGUGAUUUUUGGCGGUUUUUUGAUACAAACUAUAACUACUGAUAUUUCUUUCAAUUGUAGUUUUAAUUUCAAUACUAGUAUUAUAAAGAGGGAAGAUGUAUAUCACGAAUAAACGCGCUUUAUAAGACACCUUUUGCUGCGUACCACCACUAUUUGGAACCAUCUUUGUAUCAGUAUUUUUGAACCAAUUCGACUUAGGGUCCUUCAAGAUAAGGCGUACUAAUUAUUAAAAGGCCGGCAACACUUGCGAGUCUUCUAGGAGUGUACUCACACACUCAUCCAUGAGCGUUUAUAUCACUUAACAUUUGGUUUUUCCUCCCGUCCGUUGUUCCCUUGUACUUUAUAUAAAAUAAAAUAAAAUUACUCAAUCGGUAUCAAACAUUUUUUUGACCAGCAACACACACUUUCUCUGAAUAACAAAUGUAUUUCAAAAAAAAAAAAAUUCUAGCCGAGGCAGGCUGCUAGUAUUAGAAAAUAGAAAGUUAUUUAGAGUUAAAAAUACCUUCUUAUUUGUAUUAUGAUUUUCUUAAUUUGUUAAGAUAAUGUUACUUAACAGUAUUAAUAAGACUGGUACUAACUCGAGUUAAUAAAAAUAUUAUUAUA